CAUAAAACGAUGUAAUUAUUUACGUUCUUGUUCAUCAGUUUAUCAGCUGCUGAGUCUGACUGUUCACUGGUGUUUUACUAAAUAAGUAAAUUAUCAUUACAAUGCAGUUUUAAUCGUUCAACUAAAUACGCGAUCUAAAUUUAUUUUUUGAAUAAAAGUCUAAAAUAAAUUCAACAUACCAACAGUAAUAAAUUGUUGUUAUUUGACUAUUAGAGAUACGUAGUAAAAGGAGACACAUUUCUUGGUUAUCGGUAAUUUUUUAACUACCGUAAAUUGAUAAAAGUUUUUUUACCAAGUUUACAUACAUAUUAUGGUACGGCAAUUUUUGUAAACUAGAAAAAAAGUCCUGAUCUUUUUCAUGAAAGUUAUUUUAUCACGCGGGUUAAAGACACACGGAAUAUUUCCACACGACAAAAUAAGGAAUCAGUCUUUUCACAAGUUGAUUACAAUACAACAUUUAAAAAAGAACAAUAACUACGAAAGAAGCACAAAAAAAUGGAUCCUAUAUCUGCUCUUCAAGAGGACUGCAAAACUUUAAUUUCUUCCUUUCUACCAAAGAAUACGGCAGCUUCAAUUUUGGAAGAUUUAUUGCAGUCAAACCUUAUGGUUGAUGAACUCCGGAAUUUCGAAUUGGAAGAAAAAUUAACCAAUCCUGAACAAAACUUGGAUAAAGACACAACUGCGCAGCACACUUCAAACUCUAUUCUUGAACAGAUAAAAAACUGUAAAAACCAGGAAUUUCUGCUCUCCUUCAAAUCAUCAUUGGAGGCAAAACUCCACUCAAAUAUCCAAACAAUUGAAGUAGUCCGAGUGAAAAAGCAGCCAAACGCGCCAAUCUACAGAUUAGUACUGCUUGCCAAACUUUUCGAUGAACAACAUGUCCUCAUGGCGCUACAAAUAUCAUCGUCCCCUCAUUUCGACGAAACAGCCUUCGUUGCCCUGUUUGAAGAAGAAAAGUUGACAAAUCCUAAACGAAUAUAUUUUUAUAUGAAACACUUCUCCAAAGAAGAAUGGAUUAGUCGAGUCGUUUCCAAAGCUCAUCCCAGCCAACUUUCCAAGCUGCCCGUAAAAGUUUUUGGGGAUGGGGAUAUAUUACGUGAUCAAAAAGGAGAAAAUCAGGAUGAAACCUCUUCCACACUUCCUUGCAUAAUAUCGAUUGAGCUUCUGGAUGAGAUGUCAUUGGCCGAAUUUAUGGAUAAAAUUCUUCCCCGAAGAAGGCUAAUUUGUCAAGCGAGGCUGAUUGAGCAAGUCCACAUUGCCCAAUCGAUUACGUGUGAUUUCCUUCAACUUUUGGAGGAUGGGAAAUACUUUGAAAACUUAACUGCGGACCAAUUCAACGUGUAUUGCUAUAAAGAGAGAUACAAUCCACCAGUGCUUGCAUUUGUGCUACCAAAAUCUUCAGGUAGUAACGAUUCCACAAAUAAUGGUCAUCCUAAACUAGACGUGAUGGAAGAAAGGAGAAGUCACCAACUGGAAAAAUGUAUCCAAGACUUAGGAGGGCUUUACAUUCACUUAUUUUCUGCUGAAGAAACCCAAGAGACAAAUUUGAUACAGAUUAAAGAGGACAUACUUCAAGAAUCACACUGUCUCCUUAAAUUAUCUCCGAUCCUACAGUACUCAUUGACUUUGAGGAGAUUAGUUGGAAAUAUGCUAAACAAUCCAAAAGUGGCUCUACGACAAAUCAAAGAAGUCGAUUGGGAUGAAUUGUUUGACGACUUUCAGCACAAUUAUCGAUACGUAUUUGAUACAAGAUUAGUCAAAUUAAACCCUUGGACAGGACUGUGCGUACCUUCCGUUGCCACGAAGGUGUUUAAGGAUGAUCAGGUGCGUACCGGGUUAAUCGAAGUAUUGGAGAAGGAGAAUUUCCAAGUGAUGGAAGAAACUAGCAAUGAGGAAAAAUUACCAAAAGUGGAGGAGUGGAUAAACUUUCUUCUGGAGAGAAGGCCUGCUGACAUAUCGGACAUUAUUUCAAAGGAAAACACGUGCCACUUUCCCGCCUCAUUUCUGUCUCUUCUGCAAGAAAAAACUGAAGCUGCUUGGGAGCAGGAAUUCUUACUACAUAAUUUGGAAUACCUAGGCCAGGCUCGAAACUCCCUUGUGUUUCAAACUAGAACAGAUCAAAGACACGGAUCAGUUCUCAAACUCUUAUUUCCCCAUCCGACCAAGGCCACUUGCCGGUUUGGAGUUAUUCGGCAAGAUUCAGAUUUUGAGCAGGAAAACCAUUUUUACGACCACAUAACUGUAACCGUGCUUCACCACGAAGAGAUUGUCAGGUUUGCCCAAGAAGGCCCUAUCCUCCCCGGGAAAUACCAGAUAGGUGGGGAAAAGGAAAUACGGGAACUUAUUUUAAAUGCGGGGAAACAGGGGUAUAGAGCAGAAAUCUGGAAGAUACAGCAAAGACGGGACGGUCGAUCGUUAAAAAGUUGGAUGAAUUGUGACCUAAAUGGUUCGUCAAAAAUGGAAGUUAUCCAUGGAAUAUUUGAGGCUGCCCAAAGGUUCUUUAAAAGGUAUAACGGUCACCGAAGUCUGUCCCUUGAAAAUAUAUACUUCUCUCAGAAUCGUGCAGAUGGAUUCCUCCUGAAUAUCCGGGAAUACUCGAUUUUAAACCAAAGAGAGGUGAACGACUACUACAAAGACUCAAGGAUAUUACGCAAAGAAAUUUUCCAGCCAAAUAUCCGAUCAAACAUUUACACCAUUGGGAAAAUCAUAAAAGAAAUUAUAAAUUGGAGAAGAGACACCAGGAUUAAUCCCUAUGGGAACUUUUACAAUGUUCCCCAUCUCGUGGAAAUGAUGCUAGAAACAAAUCCUGAAUUAGAUGAAAUGACCGUUGAACAAUUUCAAACUAUUUGGUGGAACGAAGAAACGAAGCAGUUUGAAUUUAGGGCUAAUAAUGAUUUAUCAAGACAAGAAAUCUCUCUUCUGUUUCGUUUUGGGGACUUUACUGUGGCUGAAAGGGUGAUUCCGGUAGUGAUGGAGGAGACGGUGAAAUUGUUUAAGGAGGUCUUCAACGGUGCAAAAUUUAUGGAGGCGGUACUAGCUUCCAGUCAAGGAAGGGAUGAUAAAGAAUAUUAUGAAGGGUUGCUUCCUCCCGAACAGCUAAACGAUUUAGAGACAUUGUUGAACUACUUAAUCCAAAAUCGGGUUCCCGUGUACCACACCCUCUACCGGUUCCUAUUCCGUCUGCACCAAUCUCCAGAGAUAACGAAAUUUAAACAGCGUCUUUAUCACUGCAUUGAGAUGGAAAGCGUUGCCGGCCUCCAGCCGGUUGAACCCGUUGGGCAGGGCGCAUUUGGUUAUGUAUUCAAGCAAAAAGAGCCCGGCUACAAAUUGAACACGGCUGUCAAGUUGAUUAUCCCCAGAACCAAGAAGGAUGAAGAAUACACCAGAGGGGAGAUCGGAAACUUGUCGGAUCUGCGCCAUCCUAACAUUGUCUUCUUUAUUGAGUGGAUACAAAGAAAAUUUACCGAGGAGGAGCUACGGGGCAUAUUUAAAUACGGUGAACCAAUCCCGGAAGGAAAUCCUACUUCCGCGUUUUCAUCCUGCCAAUCUGACGAGGAAAUUCCACUUAAGAAAUUACUGAUGCGAGCAAGAAACGAAUCUUUUGUGACUGGAUAUUUUAUUGAAAUGGAAUAUUGUGAUUUCACCCUAAAAAACUGGAUGGAUUCAAAUUCCUCGGCAACUCCUCUAAUCAGGGACCAAUUGAAAAUCAUCCGAGGGCUUAUCAGGGGGAUGAAGUAUCUCCAACUCCACAAAAUAAUGCAUUACGACCUCAAGCCCGACAAUAUUUUGAUCAAAAGAAAACCAGGAGAAGAGGACAAGUUUUCAGUAAAAAUUGCAGAUUUUGGCCUUUCAAAGUUUAUGGGGAACAUUGAUGAUACAAAAGCGGUGUCAGGUGACAGAGGUAAUUUGAAAUAUAAGGCGCCAGAGGUACUUCGAAAAGCUGAAGGAGCAGAAAGAGGAGACCCUUUGCAAUCCGAAAUAUUCUCGGUUGGACUACUUGCCCUUGAAAUACUAACCACGAGCAUUACUCGCCUUCCCAUUCGCGUUAGGGCUACAAGAUUCAGCAAUAGUUUACCUGAUAAAUUAGCCAGUGUUAAAUCAGACAGUGUCGAUUGUGCAUUAUUUGCUACUGCGAUAAGAAAAAUGUUGGAAGAGGAUUGUCAGAGAAGGAUGAGCUGUGAAGAAUUUAGUAAUUUGGACUUUGACUGGAAUUCUUUAGCUGCAUCGAAAGACUGUGAAGUUUUGCGGGAUUUGUUUAAAAUCCGGGAAAAUGCUUGAAUAUAUGAUGACAUGACAGCUUGUUUUAUUAACACUUAUGUACAUAUCUGGGUUGGUUAAUUUUACAGAGUGAAUAAAAUAUGUGCACAACACUAGUAUAUAGAUACCUAAACUAUUUAAUAUUGAAAUAUCAUGCAAAUAUAUUUAGUGGAUAUUUACAUAUGUAAAUACCAGAGUUUAUUAAAAAUUGCGAUAAAAGCGUUGUCGUCUUUGAAGAAUUCUA